AUGUUCUUCUGCUACACCUGCUGCUCUUUAGUGGGCCUCCCUAUAAAGAUUGACAUCAUCAAGCAUCCCAGUGAGGUUGAUGGGAAGAGCACAGCCAUACACGCCAAGAUCCUCGCCCCCGAUGAUGUCACCAUCUACACCUACCCCUGCAUACCUGAGUAUGAAGAUGACACAGACAAAGUAGUGCUGGUGUUCCCUGGUCCUGGAUCAGUCUCAGUGGAGGAGAUGACAUGGAGAUUGCAGAACCUGGCUGUCAUGAAGUCAGCUGCCUCCCAGAUGAGGAACCGUCCCCAAAGAGCGUUGCUCCGUGUGGAGCUGAAGACCAGGAAGACGUGUUUCUGGCGCCAUCAGAAAGGUUCUCCAGACACCUACCUGGCAACCAUAGAGGCUGUCUACUACUUCCUCAAGGACUACCAGGAGCUGUGUCUGAGACAGGAGUACACAGGACAGUACGACAACCUGAUGUACUUCUACUGUUACCUACACACACUGAUCAACAAGGCUAAGACAACCGCUGGGAGACGCUGA